GGUCCGCUUUUCUUUCCUUUUUCAGUCCCCUCCUCGGAAGUAGACGUAUCAGUCUAUAUUCCGUUUUAUUUUUUAGAUAUAUUUUUUUAUAUCCCUUCCUUAUUUUUUUUGGAAAUGGAGGCGAAGGUGGAAGCGUGAGGAGAUGUCCCGCUCCGAGCUGCUGUUUUAUUUGAUCUCAGUUUAACGGGCCGGAUGAUCUCCGAGACGGACUGCGGUUCCCACAGCCUUGCAGGGGAGGUAGCUGUAUCCAGUGGGGAGGUAGGCUUUUCCAGGGUUCGUGAUGAAGUUCGCCGAACCUUUGGAAGGCCGGAAGUUGUCUUUUCUCCUGGAGAAGGCAGCUUCUAGGGAAGCCAGGCUGUGGACGGUUUACGUGCCAAAGAAACCAUCCAACCAGGAUACAGAUAUCUCCCCUGCCCAGCGUGACGAGGCUGUUCGAUGGCUGGCCGAUGUGCACCACCAGCUGAAGCUUUAUCCAGAAACCCUCUGUUUGGCAAUCUCCAUGCUUGACCGCUUCCUCUCUGCCAUUAAGGCUCGUCCAAAGUAUCUACGCUGCAUCGCCAUCACCUGUUUCUUCUUGGCGGCUAAGACCAGCGAGGAGGACGAGCGUAUCCCAGCACUGAGAGAGCUGAUUGGCUGCAGCAAAUGCGGCUGCACUCCCUCUGAGAUACUGAGGAUGGAGAGGAUCAUUCUGGAUAAACUAAACUGGGACCUGCACACGGCCACGCCACUCGACUUCCUGCACAUUUUCCACGCGAUGGUGUUCAGCUGUAAGGCAGUGCAAUCAGGCAGUGUGUUGUCCGGUCUAAACCGGUCACAGCACCUGGCCCUGCUCACCCAGGAGUUACUGCACUGCCUUUCCCACAAUGCACUGCUGUCAGUGCGUGGCUCCAUGCUGGCCCUUGCCCUCGUCACGCUGCAGCUGGAGAAGCUCUGUCCUGAUUGGCUCGCUCUCACUGUUGACCUGCUGCGGAAAUCUCAGAUCGACAGCUUGCAGCUGAUUGGCUGCAGAGAGCUGGUUGCACGCUGCCUGUCCACACACUCGGCCUCCCUGCCUCCCAACACUGUAUACAUCUGCCACCCUCUGCGCCCCCCUCCCUCUGAGCCUUGGGGCAGCCGGGGUUUGCCCCCCUGGCACCUCCCGGUUGCCCUGACGCCACCACCUCCGCUACCUGGCAGCUCUCACAGGGACCAGAGCCUGCCCUGUGACCCCAGUCUGACCUCUGACGAUGCCGCAGCCCGGUCCUUUGCUUCAUUGCCGCUCCGGAGGAAGCCUUCGGCCAAGCGCAAAGUGGAGCAGAUGGACGUGGACGAGUACUUCGAUGGCAUCAAGCGGCUCUACAAUGAGGACAGCCCCCAGGAGGGAGGAUCCUCGCCCUGUCCGGCCCUCCAGCCGGUCACAGCGUCGUAACACCACAUGCAGAGGCCUGCAGGGGCGACAAGGCUAAAACCGCAGUCGUGUGUGGUGCUUUCCUCCUACCUUCAGAGAACAACAGAGCCCUAACUUACAUAUAUAUCUAGAGCCUGUAUACUUUAUAUGCUGCAGUUCAUAAUUCAUAACCACCUUAAGCCUGAUUACUUUAAAUACUAAAAAAAGUUAUUUAAAAGCAAAAAAAAUCAAAAUAAAGGAAAAAUCUCCACAAAAAAAGUAGGAAUACUCCCUCCGUCCCCCGUCCCACUUGUGGUCACAUUUCUGCCUUUAUAUAUCAGUGUUAAAGUUUGUCUGGCAGAUAUAUCUGUUUGCAAAACUAAUAAUCAAAUUUUAUUCUUAUUCUAAUUUUUUUCUCCCCCUUUUUGUCUCUAACAAAGCGCACAGCACUCCUGAAUGUAACGACUUUGCUACCUGUGAAAAAAUACACCAGGGUUUAAAGAUAAAUAUUAGAAUUAAUGGAGAUUAAUUUUUUGUUUUGUCAGAUGUAAUAUAACUUAAUUUAUGACUGAUUUGUCUUCCCUCUUUUUUUCCACUUCUCGCUCUUCCUCUUUUAAAUUGUUUGAUCUUUUUCACUUCAUGGCUUCUUCAUUGUUUAUGGAAGUGUGUGUGUGUUUGUGUGUGUGUGUGUGUGUGUGCGUGUUUUUAUGUGUGUAUGUAUGGCUGUUUGAAGGGUGAUAUUCUCCCUAUCACUUCUCCUAAGAGCAUUAAUGUGGCAUUAGUGUGAUUCACACCAUUCCAUCACGCACUCAGAGGGAGAGCGGUUUAGUGUUUGUUCAGAAAGAGAUUGUAUGUGUAGGAUCUUUUCAACAAAAAAAACGUAAGAAAAAAAAAACACAAAAUCUGUUGAAAUGCAAGAAAAAAAAAUAUCUUUAGAGCAUCACUGUUUCCCUGCUGCUGAUGACCUGCCUGCUCAUUUACCUGGCUCUGUUGUUCUCUGGCAGGCUGAGAGCUGACCACACUGCUGAAACAUCAACACAAAGAUUCAAAUAAAGUCAAACCGUCUACUGAA